AUGCCCUAUUUUGUUCUGCGAUCUCUGACAGGAAGCGACAAGGGCUGGACACAGGAGACAUGUUCGCUCAGGAAUAUGCUCACUAAGCCGCGGGUUGGCACGGAUAUUGCGCACAGUCUGGCCAGACUUCAAACCGGAAAGCUUUGCACAAUGAAAUAUCCUGUCGCUCUUCUGUUGGUGGUAGCCAUGGUGGCAUGUGUCAUGGCGGGAGGCUCUGGAGGCGGUUAUGGAGUCUAUGGAGGAGGCCGUGGAGGCUAUGGAGGCGGUUAUGGUGGCGGCUACGGAGGCGGUCAGGGAGGCUCUGGAGGCGGUUAUGGUGGCGGCUACGGAGGCGGUCAUGGAGGCUAUGGUGGCGAAUACACGUAUCGCGCUACAGGCAUUUCCGUUGAAAUUGUGCGUUUCGUAGUGCUACGGUGUUCAGCGGAAUAUAGGAAUGUAGAAAUGAUUCUCACAAAACCUGAAGCACAGUCUAGCCUGACUUCAUACCGGAAAGCUUUGCACAAUGGUAAGUAUAUUGCUUUGAGUGAAAGCGUGUGCAUGUUUCCGCACAAAUACACUGUCGGACUUCUGUUGGUGGCAGCCAUGGCGGCCUGUGUCCUGGCGGGAGGCUCUGGAGGCGGUUACGGUGGCGGCUACGGAGGAGGCCGUGGAGGCUAUGGUGGUGGUUAUGGCGGUGGUCGAGGAGGCGGCUAUGGUGGCGGUUAUGGCGGCGGCUACGGAGGCGGUUUUGGCGGCGGUCGCGGAGGCUAUGGUGGGGGCUACGGAGGCGGUUACGGUGGCGGCUACGGAGGCGGUCGUGGAGGUUAUGGUGGUGGUUAUGGCGGCGGUCGUGGAGGCGGUUAUGGGGGAGGUUAUGGUGGCGGCUACGGAGGCGGUUUUGGCGGCGGUCGUGGAGGCGGCUACGGCGGUGGCUACGGAUACGGGAAAUAA